GUGGAGCGAAAUUUGAAGGAAGUGGAGCCGCGGCAGUUCGGCCAGCAAGCUGGAUCUGUUGCAGUUUCCCGGGCUAGUCUGGCCACUUGAGUCGGGCCAUCAUGCCUAUCCGCGCCCUGUGCACUAUCUGCUCCGACUUCUUCGAUCACUCACGCGACGUGGCUGCCAUCCACUGUGGCCACACUUUUCACCUGCAAUGCCUGAUCCAGUGGUUUGAGACAGCACCAAGUCGGACCUGCCCACAGUGUAGAAUCCAGGUUGGCAAAAAGAGUAUUAUCAAUAAGCUUUUCUUUGACCUUGCCCAGGAAGAGGAGAGUGUCUUGGAUGCAGAAUUCUUAAAGAAUGAGCUGGACAGUAUGAGAGCCCAGCUUUCCCAGAAAGAGAGGGAGAAACGGGACAGCCAGUCCAUUAUUGACACUCUACGGGAUGCCUUGGAAGAGCGCAAUGCCACUGUGGAGUCCCUGCAGAACGCCCUAGACAAGACACAGAUGCUGUGUUCCACUCUGAAAAAGCAGAUGAAAUUCCUGGAACAGCAGCAGGAUGAGACCAAGCAAGCUCGGGAGGAGGCCCGCCAACUCAAGAGCAAGAUGAAAACCAUGGAGCAAAUUGAGCUCCUACUCCAGAGCCAGCGGUCUGAGGUGGAGGAGAUGAUCCGCGACAUGGGUGUGGGACAGUCAGCGGUGGAGCAGCUGGCGGUGUACUGCGUGUCCCUCAAGAAAGAGUAUGAGAAUCUGAAAGAAGCACGGAAGGCCUCAGGGGAGCUGGCUGACAAGUUGAGGAAGGACUUGGCCUCCUCUAGGAGCAAGUUGAAGACUGUCUACACUGAGCUGGAUCAGACCAAGUUAGAACUGAGGUCAGCCCAGAAGGACUUAGAGAGUGCUGAUAAGGAAAUCACGAGCCUAAGAAAGAAGCUAACGAUGCUGCAGGGAACCUUGAAUCUGCCUCCAGUGGCCAGUGAGACCGUCAGCCGCCUGGUUUUUGAGAGCCCAGCCCCCGUGGAGAUGUUGAACCCGAGGCUCCACCGGCCAUCCUUCAGUGAUGAGAUUGACCUCAAUGCCACCUUUGAUGUAGAUACCCCUCCAGUCCAGACCUCUAGUUCCCAGCAUGGCCACCCCAAGAAGCUCUGCCUGGAGAGGGCAUGCUCCCCAGUGCAGGACGUCCUCAAGAAGACACCUAACGUCUCCAAGCAGGAGUCCCAGCUCUCACUGGGUGGUCAGCGCUGUGUAGGAGAGCUAGACGAGGAACUGGCUGGUGCCUUCCCUCUCUUCAUCCGGAAUGCUGUCCGGGGUCAGAAACAGCCCCACAGGACCACUGCAGAUUCCCGUUGCAGCACAGAUGCGGUAAGAGUAGGCUUCGAUGGGCUUGGAGGCCGAACAAAGUUCAUCCAGCCUACAGACACAGCCAUUAUCCGGCCGAUGCCUGUGAAGCCCAAGGCCAAGAGUAAGCAGAAAGUGAGAAUAAAAACUGUGAAUUCUUCCUCCCAACCCAAGCUGGACACCUUCCUGUGGCAGUGAGCAGUGACCAGAGUCAUGUCUCCAAUUAGUAGGCCGAGACCUUUGCCAACCCAGGAGUGUUUUGGGAGAUGGCUCCUCUUCCUGGACAGUGCACUUCCUGUGUUCGCCUUGCCCUGCACCACAUGGAUUCACCUCUGGGAGCUGACAUGACCAGGUUACAGUUCCGGUCAGCAGGACCUGCUUCUAGUUGAGGGUUUUGCAUAUAGCUACAACCAGAUAUGGCUGGGCUCCUUCUGUUUUUAUAGACCGGGGUCACAUGUGACUCUAGGUGAAAGUACUGGAGGAUUCCUAAGCAGGCGAGCCUGAACUUCUGCCUGCCUCCAGCUGCGUCUUGCUCAGUGUGUCUGAGCUUGAACUAGGGGAUGUUAGGGAAGUGGGGGAAGUUUUCCAUGUAAAAUAAAAAAGCUUCUUUUCU